AACCCAUCCCUCCUACGAUCUACACACAACUCCAGCGCGCAACACACUUUCCAUCAAUCAAUUAAACAAAGCUCGCAAUCAAUCGCAGCCGCACUCCGCUAAACCCACGCCGAUCAUCCCACGCCCACGCAGCUCGCUCGAUUCCCACUCCCUCCCACCAAAUCCCCUGCCUCCCCGCGCGCGCGCCCGAGAUCCAAAUCCGGCCGCCGCCCGCGAUGCCGGAGGCGGCGUCGCCGCCGCCGCUGCUCCCGCCGCCGGCCUCGGCGAGCUCCCCGGCCGCCUCCGUGCUGCGGACUCGGCGGCGGCGCAGGGCGUGGCGCCGCCCGCGCGGGCUGCUCUGCUGGGGCGCCCUGGUCGCCUUCUUCUUCCUCAUGAACUGGUGGAUGUUCUCCCGCCUCCAGGACCCCGCCACGCGCCCGCGCUUCCGCCUCCGCCGCCACCCGCCCCGCGCGACCAACUCCUCGCUCUCCACCCUGGAAGAGGUGAAUGCUACUGAAAAGGGGAAGAGGCCUCACCCGGUCAUGCUCACACGCCUGCUCGCUUUGGCGGCCCAUGCUUUGGCAGAGGUAGAUAAUAGGCCAGAACCCAAAGACCUAUGGAAAGAGCCAAUAAAUGCUACUUUGUGGAAACCUUGCUCUGACCAAAGGGAUUGGGAAGCAUCAGGCAAUAUCAGUUCAUCAGAGGGAACCAAUGGUUACAUCAUCAUCAGUGCAAAUGGUGGAAUAAACCAGCAAAGGGUAGCGAUAUGUAAUGCCGUUACCAUAUCCCGGUUGCUCAAUGCAACUCUUGUCAUUCCAAAGUUCUUGUACAGUAAUGUCUGGCUGGACAAAAGCCAGUUUCGAGAUAUAUAUCAGGAGGAUUAUUUUAUCAAAUAUUUGAAACCUGAUAUUCGGAUUGUGAAGGAGCUUCCUUUGGAGUUGCAAUCGUUAGAUUUGGAGGCAAUUGGUAGCCUUGUUAAUGAUACAGAUGUCAUGAAAGAGGCAAAACCAAGUAUAUAUGUAAAAAAGAUACUACCAAUUUUACUGAAGAACAGAGUUGUCCACUUUGUAGGAUUUGGCAACCGCUUAUCUUUUGACCCGAUACCAUUUCAACUUCAGAGAUUGCGAUGCAGAUGUAACUUUCAUGCUCUUCGUUUUGUACACAAAAUACAAGAAACUGGUGCAUUACUCGUAGAGAGAUUGCAUGGCCACAUGCCCCAUCUGUCUCCUUUGCAAGAUAAUCUUUUAGGUCAUUUUGCUGGGAAAUCCGUCCCCGGUGGGAACAGGAACGGGUCGUCCAAAUAUCUAGCAGUUCAUCUCAGAUUUGAGAUUGAUAUGGUUGCAUACUCAAUGUGUUACUUUGGUGGUGGGAAAGAUGAGGAAGAGGAAUUAGAGAUGUAUCGUCAAAUUCAUUUUCCUGCUCUGACAGAAAUCAAGAGGACAACAAAAUUGCCCUCUGCUGCUUUCUUGCGAUCUGAAGGCAAAUGCCCCCUUGCACCUGAAGAAGCUGUGCUUAUGCUCGCUGCUAUUGGUUUCAAGCGCAGGACUAGUAUAUACAUUGCAGGUGCUGAAAUUUAUGGAGGGGGGCGUAGGAUGGCUGCCAUAAGUCGCCUUUAUCCUGCUUUAGUAACUAAAGAAACACUUCUGUCCCCAUCGGAGCUUGAACCAUUCAGAAACUUCUCAUCGCAGUUGGCAGCUCUGGACUUUAUUGCAUGUGCAUCAGCUGAUGCAUUUGCUAUGACUGACCCAGGCAGCCAGUUCUCUUCUCUUGUUCAAGGAUACCGCAUGUACUAUGGUGGUGGGGACCUUCCCACAUUAAGACCAAAUAAGCGUCGCCUAGCCAGCAUACUUGUGAAGAAUGCCACAAUAGAGUGGAAGGAAUUUGAAACUAGAGUAAACAAACUCAUACAACAAACUAAGCAAGUCCAUGAGAGGCCAAUUGCAAGGAGCAUAUUCAGACAUCCGCGUUGUCCAGAGUGUAUGUGCAGAACAGAUAAUUGAGACAUUUUGGAAGUUUCUUGUGCCUGUAACGGUAUUAUGCUGCCAGAGGCCCAGAGCUUGUUUUGGCUCUUUGGCUGAUACCUCAAUAUGAAGCACAACUGGAAUCAACUUUGAGAUUGGGUGACAAAGUUCUCACUUUAGCUGAACAACAACUGUGCAUUCUAAAUAUGGUUCCAGCACAGCUGAUUGGGAUCAAAUUCAAUUUACUGACUGCUCUGAUCAGCUUGACAUUGCGUUGCAUUUGGAUUAUGGUAGAUCAGGAACUAUUUUUUUUGCAUCUGAGCUACGAUGUUGCUGCUGCCGUAUUUUUGAUAAAGUCAGGCUGGGAACGGCAUUGUUACCGCGAGUGUAUCAGGAACUUUUUUUUUGCAUCUGAGCUACGAUGUUGCUGCUGCCGUAUUUUUGAUAAGUCAGGCUGGGAACGGCAUUGUUACCGCGAGUGUAUUAUCUGUAUAUCUGACAGAUGGAAAAACAACUAAAUUAUUUCUGUUCAGAGUUCAGAAGAUCUAUCAUUUGUCAACACAGGCUUCUGGCUUUCUGCGAUUGGAGCAUGCCAUAUCAAUUGUGGUUCGUCCAUCAUUUGUUUAGUCAAGUUCUCAAACUUGCUGUACAUUUUGUUCCCAUUCCUUUUCAGUGGAUAAUGUUGUACUAUACGAGCCGUACAUAUUGUAAGUUUAUACCAAAGGGCAAAGUUAGCAAUGCUGCCAUUUUGUGUAUCUAUACAUUGUGUAUCAUCAAAGUGCAGACUUGCAGCGUCAUGCUGCUGCUA